AUUGGCAUAUUAUGAUACCAGAUUUAUCCCCGGUAUAAAAUGGCCGGCUUCUCCAACCUAGAAACUAACUGAAUAUGUUUUGGAGUACUGAAUUCCUGGUGGCUUCCCGGCCAUAUAGGCGAGCAGUCCUGUGUCAGGACUAGUAGAGCGUGUGUUUUAUUCGCCUAGGUGGUUUGAGAUCCUGACGCUGCAGUAUGAUGGCCGAAGAAGCGGAGCGAGGGGAUAGCCCUGGUGGCUCCCAGCACGAUCUCGAUGUUCAGCUAGGACAUGGUCAUUUCUUCACUAAGAAAACGUUUCACAAGCCAACCUACUGCCACCACUGCACGGAUAUGCUUUGGGGAUUAAUUGGGCAGGGGUAUGUGUGUGAAGUCUGCAACUUUGUUGUACAUGAUCGAUGUCUACGAACUGUUGUGUCAGCUUGUUCAAGUAUUGCUGCAAAUCUUGUCAAGAACCCGGUUGCUCACUGCUGGUCGGAGCCGGGUCAUUUCAAACGAAAAUUUUGCAACGUCUGUCGAAAACGAUUAGAAGACAGUCUUGCGAUACGAUGUGAAAUCUGUGAGUAUUAUGCCCAUCUGGAUUGUCAGGACUUUGUUGUGAGUGACUGCAAGGAAUGUGCCACAUAUCUGCCACAGAGAGAUAAGGGCACCGUGGUCCACUUCCACCACUGGAGGGAGGGAAACUUGCCCCCCAACUCUAAGUGUGUAGCAUGCAAGAAAACCUGCUGGUCUUCAGAGUGUCUUGCUGGCAUGAGGUGCGAGUGGUGUGGAGUCACGGCACAUGCCCUGUGUUACCGCAGCCUACCAGCGGAGUGCAAGUUCGGUAGUCUCCGCGACAUUAUGCUUCCCCCGAGCUGCCUCACCAUCCCCAGAAUGGACGUCCCUGUGGAGACUAUUCUCGGACUAAGUAGGAUAACCACACUACCUGUACGAACUGUGUCUGAGGAGUGGUCGUCUAGCGGCGACUCCAAGAACGAAGAAGAGGAGCGUGAACGUCGUUCUCCCCGAGAGAAGGACAGCAAGGAUAAAGACAAAGACACCGACACGGAAAUUAUUCGAGUGUUUGAUGGGAACGCCUCGUUAAAGAGGCGACUCUACCGCACAAUAUCAGUCCCCAGGAACGCAUCAGCUCAAGCCAUCCUGGAGGCGGCUCUGAAAACAUUCCACAUAUCAGAUGAUCCCAAAAAUUACUAUGUGUCGGAGGCGUCAGAGACAGUGAAUGUUGUAGGUGAGAGGGAACUAGAAGAAAACAGUCCAAUUCGAUCGCAGCUUAAGACCCCUGAUGGAAAGCGGCCGUCCAUAUUUCUACGAUACAAGGACAAGAACCCAGACAAAGGCCAUAUUAGAGUGUACCCAGGCGGACUCCGAUACAGCAUUUGCCAUCGAGUGACCGCAGGCUACAAAAACAUCUCGGUCAACAAAGAGAUGACCGCUGAGGAAGUCAUCACAACUGCACUCAGGAGGUUUGGGGUUGAAGAUGCUGACCCUGACAACUACAGCCUGAUUGAGGUGUUGCUAGACCGCGGCGUCAACGAGAGGGUGCUCAUGCGGGAUGAGAGGCCAUGGCAAAUUAUACAACAAAGUAGAAAAGACUCGUUACGGCAGAAUCGCAUGACUCGGUUCUACCUCCAGCAGAAGGAGGACCCCCAUGGGCCAGCUAUCUCCAUGUUUGUGGGCAAUUUACCAACAGGCUUGUCGCAGAGGCAAUAUGAGAAAAUUUUAUUAGAUAUAAUUGGAAAAGAAUUGAAGUGGCAAAGCUUUGAUGUGAUAUACUAUGAGUACGGCUCCCUGGUAUUAGUGUACACGUCGCCAGAGAAAGCUACGCAAGUCUUCAACAUUUUAAAGGAUGCAGUUUUUGAUGAUAAGCAACUUUUAGUUAUGUUACUCCCAAAUAUACAAGCCCACAUGAUUCCAGACAACGUGAAUCCACUGCUCGUGUUCGUCAAUGUCAAGAGUGGUGGGUGUCAAGGUCUGGAACUCAUAACGUCUUUCCGCAAACUCCUCAACCCUCAUCAGGUCUUCAACCUGGAGAACGGAGGCCCGCUACCAGGGUUGUAUGUGUGUAGAAACAUCUCCUACUACAAGAUACUGGUGUGUGGGGGUGAUGGCACAGUGGGCUGGGUUCUUUCCUGUCUGGACAACGUGGGGCAGGAUGCUGUCUGUCAGUCUCCCCCCAUGGCGGUCGUUCCCCUGGGCACAGGCAAUGACCUGGCACGUGUGUUACGCUGGGGACCAGGCUACACAGGAGGGGAGGACCCACUCAACCUCCUCCGGGAUGUCAUAGAUGCUGAGGAGAUCAAGCUGGACAGGUGGACCGUGAUAUUCCAUCCGAGGGAAAAGGAGCAGGCUGAGACAAGAGUGGCCAUCGCCAACGAUACCAACACUGCCAACACCAGCGAGGACACCUCGUCAAUAUUUGUGAUGAACAACUACUUUGGCAUUGGGAUUGAUGCAGACUUGUGCUUAGAUUUCCACAUGGCUAGGGAAGAAAAACCAGACAAGUUUAAUAGCAGAUUACACAACAAGGGAGUGUAUUUGAAAAUGGGACUGAGAAAAAUGGUGAAUCGAAAAUCUUGCAAAGAUUUACAUCGCCAUAUCAAGCUUGAGGUAGAUGGCAAGCUGAUUGACUUACCUCAGGUAGAGGGAAUCAUUAUUCUCAACAUCCUCAGUUGGGCCUCAGGAUCAAACCCAUGGGGCCCUGAAAAGGAGGACAUUUUUGCCAAACCAACUCACUAUGACGGCAUGUUGGAGGUGGUUGGUGUGACAGGGGUCGUGCACAUGGGACAGAUCCACAGUGGACUACGUACAGGGAUGAGGAUAGCACAAGGAGGACAUCUACGAAUCACAUUGUUGACGGACAUCCCCGUCCAAGUUGAUGGUGAACCUUGGAUUCAGCCAGCUGGGCAAGUUGUAGUUCUUCGCUCAGCCCUCAAGGCGACUAUGCUAAAGAAAAGCAAGAACAAGAUCAAGAGGCGGAACACGGAGCCUAGUAUCUUCUUCCCCGAGAAUGAACCUCUCAAACCACAGUCUCCAAGUGAGGAGAGUGGACCCCUUUAACACUAUUAGCCAGUGAGAUGGGCUGUGUAUGUAGUGAUGUACAUAUACAUUAUGCCAAAAGUAGCUGCAAUAGUCUGGAGCUUGGCCGAGGGAACCCUCACAAGGCAAGGACAAACGCACGAACAAGCAACUGAUGGGCGAAGAGUCUGACAGUCAGAUAGUGGACAUUUAGGAUACUGCGUCAUGGAACAAACCCUGGUGCUUGCUGCCGUUUGGAAGGCGACUGACAAACCUGAGAUGGAAAUAUGGUUGCUACCCAGUGGUAGGCCAAUGAUUUGAGAUAUGUUGCCAUGUAUUGGUUGGCAGUGAACAGACUUAGAUUUGAGGUAUGUUCACUUCUUUUUGUUAGAUAACAAAUUUAAACUAUUUGUUGCCUAGCUUCAAGUAGUUUACACGCUUUGAUUUGAGAUCUGUUUUCUUCCUGUCAGUAGGUCGAGUUGUCCAUUGGUCAUCAGUGGGCAACGAUGGACUUCGGAUAGAGAAAUGUUUGACUGUUCGACAAUCAGACUGUGAUAUAGCCAAGCCCCGCAGAGCCGAAACGCGUACCUCAAGAUUUGAUUGGACAUGUACCUGAUAUUGCAGAUCUGCAGCAAAAGCUGGGCAGUAUCUGAUUGGCUGUUAAUGUACAUGGAUCUUGCCGUGGUACAGGGAGGCAGUGGGUUUUCCUAGAUUUGUGUAGUCACUAGCAAGAUCAAAUUUGCCAUCUGUCAUUUUACCCUUUUAAAUGUGUCUUUUCCUUCAACUGUUCUCUGUGUCACCGGAUUCAGACAAGGAUUCUAUGCAUAUUUUUAACUCCAUUUUUACCCUAGCAUAAGUAUCAAAACCAUAAGUACAUGUUACCCCUCAGCUGCCAGAGUCGACCCAUGGUCACUCCGAGCUGACUCCGUCAGUUGAAGGGAGAACAGGAAACAGAAAACUUGACCAACAAAACGAAGCGGUAAUUCAGACCAGAUAAAACUCAUUAUGUUAUAGAGGUUACUGUUACAUUGUUCUGGAAAUACUGAGCUUAAUGAUUAGACCAUGAUAAGUAUUUUAGUUGAAUUUGAAAUACCAUACCUGCUGUGCUCUGUGCAAGAACUAGAAAGAUUUUACUUGGAGUGUAUGCAUCACCACUGCCCUUAUCAAAGUAUUCAGAAGUCCAUAUAGCAAAUACUAAUGAAAAUAUGUGUUACAAACUGAUAUUUGAAUUGCUUUAUAGUAAGGUCAAUAUUGCAAGUAAACAUGCCAAGGGAUCUAAUUCAGAACAAAAGGGAGAUAACUCAAAACUGAUUGUGUUGGAGACCACGCUCAAGUAAUAGGAAUAUGAACUCCAGUUCAUCUUGGUCAAUAAACAAUGCUUUAAAUUAUAGCCAAACAUUUUGUUGAGAACUUAUUUCCUAUCUUUGUUGUUUUUGAAAGAUCUGACAUGUCACAUAUAUAUAUAUAUAUUUUUAAAAUGAUUAUUAUGUGCAAGUUCUUUAUUUCUUGCCAACGUUGCUCUUAAAGUUAUAACAUUUCACUCCAGUUCAGAUAUUCAGAUUUUGUUUGAUAAGUCGUGUAUAUUAUCAACAUUGCAUUUUUUGUUAAGUGUCCAAAUUAAUAUGAACUUUACGUUAAAGCGAAUAUCACUGAUUGGUGGCUAAAAUACUCGGCAGUGGACAAUUAUUAGGAUAUGCUGUUAUGGACUUGCAGCUUCUACUUCUGUAGCGGAGACACCUAUGUAGAUAAAUAAUGUGAAUAUGAAGGGGAGAUAACUCCUUUAUCUGAUCUACUUCAUGGUUAUGGGAUAUAGGGAUGACUAAUUAUUGAAAAUCUGGUCAGUAUUUUGAGGUGUUGAAUAUGUUUCAGUGUUACUAAUACUAGAAGUAUGCAUUAUUAAUAAUGUAAAUUUGUUAAUUAGUUCACAUUUAUCCAGUACAUAAGCAAAAAUGUGAUUUAUAACUUUCGUUGUUACAUAAACAAUUAGGUUUUAGAUCUGGUUACGCCAUGCAGAAAUGCAUUUUUGUGUAACCAAGGUGCUUGUCCUAAAUAUGAAAGUCUUCAAAUGUUAUCUUCUCCUAUUGUUUGUAGUAGGCUCCCUGUUAAAAGCAAACCAUUCUUUUGACAAAACCAAAUCUGUUGUCAUCUAUUGUUUAUUAUUGACAUACCUCUUAAUACCCCCACUAGCUUUAGUGUAAGCAAUCACAUUCUCAUAUGGAAGGUGCCAUUUGGAAUUUUGGGGGUUGAAGGGCUAUACUAAGGCUAAUUAAACAGAUUACCAAGUUGACAAGGAAAAGAGUGUAUUGCUCUCAACUCCUUAACAAAGAUCGUGUUAUGUGAACAAAGUUGUCAAAGAUAUUUUCAGUCAUAAAAUGCUUCAAUUUUUAUUGUAUCACUCAUUAUAUUAUUAUACAUAUACUUAUAUAUAAAUAUAUAUAUAUAAAUAUAAUUACGCUCAGAUAUGUACCUAGUUCUCUCGUUCUGUAGAGGGAUAUGGAGCUUAUCCCAUGCACCUUACCAUUACUCUGUUUGUAUGUAUGUAUGUACGUACGUCAGUCUGCAUGUCUGUACAUAGUUACUUUUAACAUACUUAGGAAUUAUUUCUCAUUCAAAAAUUCAUCCAUGCAUAUUGUCAUUGCCAUAUAUUUUGUUAAAUUUUUCAUCUGUUUAUUUGCGUCUUCUUUAUUUAUACAUGAAGGUUGGUGUUUUAAUAUGGUAUGUGUAAACAAACCAGAGAUGAUUUGCUCGUUAAUAACACAAUUUACUUUAGUUGAGCAAGAGAAGGAGUUGGGUUUAAGAUUGUAUUUAUUGUCACAAAAGUUCAAAUCUAACAGAUCUCAUUGUAAUGUGCUCAUGAAUAGUGGAAAACCAAUGCUUCCUUCUGGCACUGUAGGUUAGAAGAAGAUUAGCCCAGUCACAGAAUCUACUCCGCUGGAUUUAAUUUGUUGUUCAUUUAUUUAUUAAUUUAUUCAGACUUUUUUGCUGUUCAGGUGCUGUGAAUAAUACAUUUUUCUCCAUUGUGUCAAGCUACUAGUCUUGGUUUUGUUUUCAGACUUUUCACUGUUUUUAUUUGAUCAAAUCAGGCAUUGUAUACUCUCAUAUUUCUUUCAAUUUCACACAGAUAAUUUGAUCUAAUUUGCCAGUUUUCAUUGUUUAGAUAAAUAAAUAUUGUUAUUUUCAAGUUCCAUCGGGACCAACAAGUUUGCUAUAUCACAACAACAUACAAUCUACCUACUCACAGUAGUGUGAUCAGCAACUGAAAGGGGAAUAAUUCAGGAAGGGGAGAUAAUCACUGUUAUCUUGCAUCAAAACAACAUGUUAAUAAUUAAUUCUUCGUGACUAUUUUCAUGAUUUUUAACCAUCUUCAUCUGUCUUACCUCAUGACAAACAGAAAUCAAAGUCUCAAACUCUGUUCGACAAUGAUGACAGGAUCAAUUAUGCUAAGUUUCUUUGUACCUUCAACAAACUAAUAACAGAUUUUUGCAUUAAUUAUCCCCAAAUUAUGUUAAAAACAUAUAUUAUUUCUGUACCGUGGAUAUUGUUGAAUGAGAAAGUGAGCCUGUUAUGAGUCCUGGAUAAGGAUGACACAACAAACCAGGUUUUCCUGCCCCUCUGUCUGGAGGCAAGACAUUACCUGCUGGUAUCCUGUCAUACCUUCGGUCUUUCAGUGACAUUUAAUUUGCCCCUUUGCCCAAAUUUUGUCAUUUUCAAAUUUUCAGGUUGAAAAGUUGUAUAUUUAUCUAGUAUGAGUUUUUUGCAGUUUCUUUAGGUUGGUACAUAGUUGGUCUUGGAAUGCUAUCGGCCAAAAUGUAUUGCUUAUGAGACAUUUUUGCCUCUCUAUAUUCAAUGGAUUUCUGUCUUUGGCGUAGGAGGCAUAGGAAUUCAUCUUUGAGAGAACCUCAGUCCUUUUGUAAGUAUUCUGCAGGCAUUAGCUUACAACAUCUGAUCUCCCACCUAACCUUGCUCAAAUGAUAUUCGAUCAUUGAAGGCGUUCAGAGUUACCUCCCUUGUCAACUUCACCUCUUGAAACAAGUGAAACGAAAUAUUCAAUUUGAAAUAGUCUUUCUGAAAUGUUUUGGGAAGUGUUUUUGAGUUUUAUAUCUCAGCAUAUUUAAAUAUUUCAUUUUUGUGUUUUAAUUCAUGUUAUCUGGAAGAUCUGUUUUAGUUACAGUUUCAGCCUAGUGUGCUGGGUUUUUACACCAACAUGUUGACUCUGGUACUUCGAAGUUAUGAUAACUGAGUUUGUUAGAAUUUGAUGGGUUUGUGUCAAGACCACAGAUCAUAAAGAUAUGUAACUUAUAAAUGAAAAUGAUCUGGAACAUUUAACACAACAGGCUCAAGGGGAACAUGUUCUUGUUUUAUUGUUCUGUGUAUAUUUUCUCUCCCACUGAAGCAUUUCUCUAGAAACCUAGGUUAGACCUGGAAUGUUGCGGGAAGCCAAUGAAUGGACACUAUCAGAGUCUUGUGUAGAUUAAUAUUGUGAGCCGUUAUGAUGCUCACAUUGAUGUGAUACAUCUGUAUCUACAAUAAACAGUUUAAUUUUGUCACACUUACAUUAACUGUUUUUCACUAUUCAAUUUUACGGCCAUUUAUAGAAAAAACGUUAGGAGCCUAGCGAGGGGAGGUUUCACAAGCUGUUGCAUCUUUUCUACCUGUUCCUUUUGAGUUGGUGCAGUAUUCAUAUUGUGCAAGAAAGAAAUUCUUGGGUUAAGAUCAUGAAGCAGUUUUUACUGCUAAAGAGCAGGUGUGUUACAUAUUUUAUAAAGAAAGAAUUUAAAUUCAUUGUUAAGGAGGUUGAUUUAUUUAGAAAAGAAUUGAGAACUUGUGAGACGUCCCCUAAGCCUUCCAUGGUAGUCCUUGUAAAAAAGAUGUGCAAAGCAUAAAAGAUGCUGUCUCCAUGUUGAUAAAAAUGAACAUAUGUGUUUAUAUGAAUCUUGAAUAUAGCGUUAUAUGGUGUAUGCUCUGUUAAAUUACUGUUAUUCAAAGUAUUGUUUAUACAAGCUUGUACAAAAGCUAUAGAGAAAGGGGUCAUCUCAAAAGUUCAAAUUCUGAGUGUUUAGCUAGACUCACUUUCAAUGAUUGUUUUUCAUUCAGAUUAUUUCUUGUUAGUUCUCCAAUGAGCUAACUGGUAAGCAGAGAUUACCGUUUCAUUUAGACUUUUAGAACUUUUGAUAUGAUCCCCAUUGCAUUAUCAUUUUAUAUGACUAUGUAGCUAGACCAAGGUUGUGCACCUCAGCAUGCUGGGUUCGUUUGUUUUUCACUAUAUAGUAUAUAAUUCAUUAUAUCAGAUUAAUAUGAUUAUUAUAGACUGUUAAAUUUAUUUUAUCAAGAACAGUGUAAUUUUACAUGUUGUGGCCACAUUUACUAGUAUGUACAUAGGCAGGAUGUACAAGUUCUGUAACCAUGGUAACAACUUCCAUUAAAGGGCGAAAAUGUGAAAAUCAAAUUCUGAUACGUUCUUCAGACAGAAAAAUUGGAUAACAACCUGGACUCCUUUUUUUCUGCAGAACAUUUUCCAUUUUUGUGUGAGUGUUACAAAAUAGAUUUAUGUUUUAAAUAUUCUUGAAUAUUCCUCAAGAGGACAUUAGACCAAUUUCUGAUACAGGAUUAAUAUUUUGGCAUCUCAAUGUGAUUUUUAUAUUAGAAGAUCUUAGAUUUGAAAUUUCUAUUCAGUCAAGUUCUGGUUCCAAGCAUUGUUGUCUAAUCAAACUGAUAUGUAGAUUAUUGUAUGUGAUAUGUGAUUGAAUUAAUUGUUAUUCCUUCAGCAGUAGAUGACAUUAUGGAAAAUUUUCUAUAUUAGAAAGAACCUAUCAGACAUUUGCUUGAUAACCUUAUGGUAUUGGGGAAUCCCAGUGAGUGCACGCUGUGACAUCUGAGACUUGCUCUAUCUAAACAUGGCAGAAGUUCUACAGUGUUCUAACUAGAAAUGGCCAGAUAUGUUGCAUUCAAUAUUAUUUUAUUGAAAUAGAUUUUUUUCUUUAUUUAUAUAUUUUGUUGUAUAUGGCAGAAUUGAUGAACUGUUAAAGAUUUUACUUUGAGAUUCUAUGCUGUGUGGUACUGCAGUAUAUUUACUGAACUACAAAGAUCUACCUGAAACCUCGGCCAUCAUGUUUUACUGAAAUAUGGCACUAUGAACUGUAUGCAUAUGACAUAACAAACCAUUUGAAAUUCGAAUGUUUCACCUUUCGAAGUAUAACAAGCAUUAAAAGUGAAAUUAUUAACAAAUCAAACUGUUAUCAAAUGUUACCUUGUUUUAAUUAUUGGGGCUGCUCUUUCAUAUGUUAUUCCUUUAUAGUAUAGCAAUCCUGGUUGUUUAUUUAGUAUAUGUUACAUUGGUUUUACAAGUCCUUCAAGGCAUCGUGUUGUUUUUAAAUACAGGUGUUAUAUAGCUCAACAGUGAAUAUAGCCUUCCCAACCAUAGUAUAUCAGGGACUGUGUCAAAACUACAUGUGCUUUUUACACACAAGAUUCAGUCUCAAGUCAUGUUGGCAGAAAUUUCACAUACACCACAAGUGUUCCACAAAUGGCAUCCGUCAGUGUCCUCAGGUCAAAAAAUGAUCAGUUGACACAUGUUCUUAAAUCACAUGGAAACGUUUGAUACAGUCCCUUCAUUGUUUCCUUCAGACCUUGUGUGCAAUAUUCAUAUGAAAGUAUUCAACAUUGUGAGUCAUUUAAGUUUUAUAUCAAAUUUACUUAUUUAUUUAUUUAUUUUGCCAUCUGUAAUGUUCAACUUUUAACCUUGUAUAAUACAUGCGAAUGAAUGUUUUGAUUUUGUUUGUUGUUUAUGAAUCAAAAUGCUUGUACAGUAUUUUAUCAUGAAGAUUUAAAUUAGUAUUUUGUUUUCAGUUUAUCACGAGGGUGUCACUGAAAAGGGUCUGUGCAGUCAUUGCUCUCAAGUCAACACAAUGGGUUAAAGCCUUUGUCAAACUGUUUCAAGUAAUUCAAAGAUGAAAUUAAAGAACAAAUUGACAUUUUGAGAAAGCCCCAAAAACAACAAAUUUCUGAAAUCUCUUAAAUAACGUUUAGAAAUACUUUGGUUUUUGUAUAUUAAGUGCAACUGUAGAGUUUUUUUCACUGAAUAUGGAAAGCAAAGCAUGAGGCUGAUAUGUCACCACUGGUUGGACUGUUGUGUUGACUUUUGCACCAUGAGCUAGAGGUUCCCUUUUCCUGGAUGAUCACUGACUUUGUAAGGCAGGCAUUACUCAUUAGGUGGCCCCUGGAACGGUAACCUUAACUUGUGAUAUUUGUCUGAUAAUGCUAGACCAGUACCCAAAGAUGAGGAAUAUACAGAUUUAACAUCUAUGUGAGGACUUUCUUAUAGCAUAUGAGCAUUUUGUGAGUGAAUGGGUGAAUGUUUUGAGAAAGAUGUUAACUGCAAAUUAUUCAUGUAUGUUGUCUCAAGGGAGGUAAUUCUCCAAGGGAGACAACUCACAGUGUGAUGUGGUGGCAGCUUGUCUCCACAAUGUUUCAUCAUUUUUUCCUCAUACGAGUACAAAAAUUUCAUUUUUCGUAACCAUGGUAACUCAAGACCAUGCGUAUGGUGGUCGUACGUACACUCUGUUGUUGAGUGCAUGCGUCCGUAUGCUGAACGCAUGCUCCCAAUGCAGAGUAUGUGAACGUGUCAUGUAAUAUAUACCAAGUGUAAGGACGCUACCUCUGUACCGGUAUCCUUACGAUCAUGUUUGAGAAAUUUGUUUUUGUGUAGCAGUUGCCAAGUGCUUGUGUCACUCUCUGCAGUCUCUACCGUUAUGUUGAUUAUCUGUAUAUGUGAAAUAAACUAGAGGUAAGUCCAGCAAA